CUGCCUGGAGGACAUCUCUGCUCAUGACUCAGCCCUCAGCUGGCAAUAGGAUCUUCAGAGUUCAGCACAGCUGGGACUGGGAGCCCUGGUGAGCUCUAAAGAAAACCUCUCAGAGACACCACUGCUGACGUCAUUGAGGCUGCUGCUAACAUGGCCAGCAAACCCUCCCCAGUUGAGGCCAGCGCGGGGCCAGAGGUGCCACCAGAAAUUGUGUUUCCUGAGACCGGAAGAAAUUGUUUCCAGAGACAAAAGCUUGUGGUUGGAUUCUGGACAGAUCAGAAAGCCACAGCUUCGUGGAGGGUGUCACUGAGCAUAUCCUGGACACAGUGAGCAGUGAAGAUCUGCCGCAACUGCUGGCUAAUGUCAUCUGGAUGAUACUGGAGAAGACAACUGAUCUGACCAGGUCACCUGUACAGGGAGCCCUGGCAAUGCUGCCCAGAUCUCCACUGGGCUGGGGUUCUCAGGGGCAGACCCAGCUCUUCCAGGCUGUUUCUGUGAUUGUGGUCCACGGUGCCCUUUCUCCAGAAUCCCGGAGGGAAAUGCUCUCCAUGUCAUCUCCUGGCAGUGAAUGGCCUCAGGGUGAAGGGACCGGGCACCCACAGUGGGCAGGAUCCCUGCUGCCGGCGGAAGAGGCAGGUGCUGUGCAUGAGGCUCUGAUUAAACUUGAAGCUGACAGUGAUGAAAAGAUUCAGAUGACGAAGUUGUUCUUGAACACAUUUCCCCCUGUGAAAAAGAAGAUGCAGGAGCACAUAGCCAAGCUCUAUGCCCUUGCAGCGAGAAUUGACAAGGUGCAUAAGGACUGCACCAUCACCAAGGUGGUCGCCAGAUCCAGCGGUGCCCUGUCUGGCAUCCUGACCAUCCUUGGUAUUGCUCUGGCACCUGUGACAGCAGGUGGCAGUCUGGUGCUAUCUGCCACUGGGCUUGGGCUGGGAGCAGCAGCUACUGUGACUGGUAUUUCGGCCAGCAUCGUGGAUCAUGCAACUAAGUUUCUUGCAAAAGCUAAAGCCAGGCACCUGCUGUCAAGCACAGUAGUCACAAAGAACGAUGUUCUAAGGGCUGUGCAAAAGGAUACACCCAAAGUUCGUUCUGCAACCAAGAAGUGUGUGGAAACUUUCCAAAGCAUUAAGAAGAAUGUCUGUGCAUUUAAGAUGGCCAAAUCCAACCCUCGAUUACUAGACAAUGCCUACUGCUUCAUGAAAACCGAGAAAAUCUCAGUCCAAAGUGGAAAGCAGGUACAAAAAGUCUUUGGAGACACCGUUCUGGCAAUGUCCAAAGGUGCCCGGCUCACAAGUGCAGCAAUUGCAGGCUUUUUCACUUUGGUGGAGGUAUUCGACCUUGUGAAGGACUCAAUGCAUUUGCACAAGGGAGCAAAGACAAAAUCAGCUGCAGAGCUGCGACAGAAGGCUCAGGUUCUGGAGGGGAAGUUGGAGGAGCUUACCCAGAACUAUGAGAGUUUGCAUAGUUUCAGGCUACCUAAAACACCAUCACCAGUCAAUGCAGAGCUCAGUGCACAUGGGCAUUUCAAACACCUGGAUGAAGACAGGAAGUCCAGUAGAGGAGAAAAGAUGGUGAGAUGAAUAGUAUGCAACUGGAUGUUAAGGAAUUUUGCAUUUCUGUAACUGAGCACAACCGGGAAGGGGUUCGUGCAGAUGAAGUAGGUUUAAGUGAAGGCAGGGACCUGGGGCUUGAUAUAAGGGAUAGGAAGACCUAAAGCGUGGGAGAUAUAGAAGGAAAGAAUUUCUUUUGUCCUAAAAAAUCCCCUGGGGACCUCUAUAGAAGCAGCUGCUGGAAGAAGCAGUGGGAUGUUUGUGCAAACAGAAGAGCAGAAGUUAAGCAGCCACAGUUAGAACUGCUUAGGAUACCAGAAGAAUAAAUGGGGCUCUGCUACCCAGCCUUUGCACAAGCUGACAUCCAAAAUCAGAGCAGUCUACACUUAGUGGCCUGUAUCUCCUUCUUUCCAUGUCAAUAAAUGCUUAUCUCUGUCA